CCACGGCCCCGAGGAACCAGUUAGCCAGGCUUUCCCGGGAUGGGGAUGGGGCGGGGGCGGCUCCCCACCCCGAGACUCCGUGUAGCUCUUUCAAGAUGGUGGUGACGAAGUCCGAGGCCGGCAGGGCCGCUUCCGCCUACUUCCGUCCGGCCAGACGUUUGCCCGCGUUGGUCACCGUCCUGGCACUGGGCUACUUGGCGUGGGUUGUCUUCUGGCCUCAGAGUGUCCCUUAUCAGAGCCUCGGACCCCUGGGCCUCUUCACUCAGUACUUGGUGGACCAUCAUCACACCCUCUUGCACAGCGGGUAUUGGCUUGCCUGGCUGAUUCACGUGGGAGAGUCCUUGUACGCCAUGGUUUUGUGCAAGUCUAAAGGCAUCACGAAUGGUCGGGCUCAACUACUCUGGUUCCUACAAACUUUCCUCUUUGGGAUAGCAUCUCUCUCCAUCUUGAUUGCUUACAGACCAAAACGCCAAAAACAAACUUAAAGAAGAUAUCUAAAAGCUUUCUCUAUACUUUGACUUUCAGCUUCACCGUUUUGGGGGUGGGAGGGAUGCGGGGGGUGCUGGAGUUUACUUGAUCUUUCUACUUUCCAGAAAUUUAAGACCUUCUGGUUAUUCAUCAUUCUUUCAUACGCUCUGGUUGAGCUUGGCUAGAGAAGCGAAAAGGAUUUUAGCUUUCCAAUUCUGCAGACUCACUUUUGUGGCAGAGGGCCCCCAGAUCCCUUCUUGGGGUCUUUGGCAGUGUUGAUGCUCUUUGUGUCAUCUGGUUUAAGCUGUGUGCUAAAAUUGCUUGUUGGUAUGACUUUGCUCCCACCUUCUGACUAAGACACCAUACCUUGACCACCCCACCUGAGCUCUCCUUUCCCUAGAUUUCGUGUACCUUUCUGAACCAGGACAGAGUAACAUUUCUACAACACAUCCAUUCCACAUACACUGGGCACCUGUGAAGCAGGAUCUUAUCUUCCCAAACUCCCAUUUCUCACACACCAAGAAAGAUAAGGUUAAGAUAAGCAAGUGCCAGGAAUGGGCCAGGCCGAGCAGUAACAUAGAGGCACAGAGGACAGGCUGAGGACCAGGAGGAAAGGAUGGGGCAAUGCUUUCCCUUAAGCCAGCCAGGAGCGAUCCUUCCCUCCACGUAGCCCCUUGGACACAGCACUCAGUGGUGUGCAGGGGUCUGAUGGCCGCUGCUAGAUGGCUCCUUCUGGUCGGGAGCACAUUUUAGCUUGAUUUCCUUUCUCAGGACCUGUUCCAUUGCCUUGCACACAGGUGUUCUAUCAGUAUUUUCUGGUCCUCUGAAUGAAAACUUUCCACUAGUUCAGUAUCAUUCCAGUUGUUACAGGAAAACUGCAGAACCCACUCAGUGUAUUCUCUUCUCAAAGGAGCACAGGCCUGCCCUUGACUGGUGGUACCACCACUCUGUGGGUCCCCCAGUAGGGAACCAGUGUCUUUUUCAUACUUGCCUAUUCUUAGUCACUUUCUUUUUUUCUUUUUCUUUUUUUUUUUUUUUUAAGAUUUUAUUUGAGAGAGAGAGGCAGAGGGAGAAGCAGGCUCCAUGCAGGGAGCCUGAUAUGGGACUCGAUCCUGGGUCUCCAGGCUCACGCCCUGGGCUGAAGGCUGCACCAAACCGCUGAGCCACCCGGGCUGCCCCUCUUAGUCAUUUUCUACAGACUAUAAUGUCUCCCUCCAGCUCCAGCUUACUCACAGACAUUCCUGAGCUAGAGAUUCUAACUGGGAGCUACUUACUACCUCUCCUACUCACCUGACGAGACCUUUUUAUUACUAUUGACUGGCAAAAUGACUCUGUCACCUAAGGGCCAUUAGGGUUCCUUUCCUGGAGGACCACCUGCCUGCCACCUUCUCUAGGCACUAGACCUUAUUUCCCAUCUGUGAUGUGGUAGGGCAUGUUCUCUGUCUUAAGCAAACAUUUAUGAGAGACAGUCCCCUCCCCCCAAAAAGAGACCUCAAGUAAAACUACAAGCCUGAAAGGUUAUGGAUUAUGGGUUGUUUCUGGUGGAGAUCACUUUCUACAACUAAAUCUCCAUUUUUCCUGUUUCCUCUUGUGUUGAAGGGGUUGCCUUUUGGUAAAGAAAAAGAUUUUUAAUCAUAGAGUUAAAUAUCAUGGAAAUCCCAGACAGAUUUUUUUAAAAGCAUGGUCCUCUGGAAAGAGAAAUAGUAAUGACGGUAAUAUUAACGGUGACAGCAGCAAUAUGGCAGAUUAUUGAAUGAAAUGAAUUAACUUGAAUAAAUGCUGUGAAUUGUCUCCAAAUGCU